UUUCGAUACUAUCGCAGUUAAAAACCCCAUUCCUUUUCUCGAUCAGAAAUCAAAUCAGAAUAAACAUAGAGACUUCCUCUAAUAGAAAAAGGGCAAAGCUUUUCUGUCUUUAUCGAGAAACUUCCUCUGCUCUUCUGUGAUAAACCCUAGUCGAUGCACUAACCAUAAUUUUCAUUUUUCUUAAUGUUUUAAGGGGCGGGUUUUUUUAUGCCUGCCUUUUCCUGUCACCCUUUAUUAACAAGAUUUUAUAUAUUUUAUCUUUAGUCUUUAAAGAUUACCCUUGUUUCUCAUAUAUAUACACUGUUGGGUUUCUCUUUUUCCCUUUUAUCUUUGCUUACUUCAAAUGGAUGUUUUGCUUCCAUAGCUGAUAGCAUCAAAUAUGCUAUAUUUAAGGGAUCUUUGGAGAAGGCAUAGGAGGAAGGUUUUGGUUACAGCGGGUGUUUUAGGAAGUGGUUAUUUUUUGUAUAAACUAUAUGACGCUCACAAAUGUAGGCUUACUGAUUUGGAAAGGCAACUUGCAAGGAAGCAGGAGAACGAUGAAUUCAUUAAAGCCCGAAUGCAAGUCCAUUUUGAGAACAUUCAAAGAAUAGCUGAUACGACAACAUUGCCUCAUGCAAUGCACUAUUUAAGUUGUCGGAUAGCUGAAGAUUUGGACCUUUCACAUCUUACAGAGAGACUGAUGAAAGCGAAGGGUCAGCCCAACAGUUUGUCUUCUUCAGACAAACUUAAAUUAUGGGAUAGACUCAAAAUUUUAAGUUUUACAAGAAUGGUGGUGUCAAUAUGGGCAGUAACAAUUCUUAGCUUAUAUAUUAGAGUUCAAGUCAACAUUCUAGGAAGACAUUUAUAUAUUGAUACUGCACGUGGUCUUGGAAGCUCUCAUUUACUUGAGGAUGCUGAUCUCAUUGACAGGAACGACCAGCAAAAAUUUCUUGCAAGUACUGACUUUCUUGCCAAUUAUGGCUUGCCAAAAUUGAUUUCCAGUAUGCAGACAGCAGUAACAGAAGUUCUGAAUACAAAGCAAUUGAGGGACUUCUUCAAUACUGCAAUACUCCAUCAAACUAUCAUGCAGAUACUUGACAUGUUCCUUAGCAAGGGAAGUCCUCAUCAAUGGGUGGACUGGAUGAUGCCCGAGGACCCUAAGUUGUACAAGCUUGCCCCAACAUUGAGCAGUGAUAAAACUAAUCCUCCUGAUGUUACACAAUUUGAUCAACUUAUGGUUGAGACACGAGAAGUGCUUUCAAGUGCUGAAUUUGGUAGUGUUGUUGAAAUAUCAUUAAAAGCAGUGGUGAAGGCAGUGGUGGAGGAGAAGGGCUUUCAAUCUGGAGGAGGCAGUCUAACAUCUGGGAUGCCUCUAGCUAGACUUUUGCCACGUAUUGCACAAAUCUGUCCAUCUUUGGUCGAGGAACCAAGCAAAAACCAUUUUAUCCAAAUCAUACAAAGUGUUCCAGAAGUUGGGCUUUUCUUCACUCUCCUCUAUGCCAAUAUUUCAACCUCAUAGAGAGCAUGUUUGUACUUUUUUUAUUUCACAUUUAAUUUUCAUACAAAUGGGGGAAAAUGUAAAGAUUCCAAAUGGGGAUAGGUUGUGAAAGCAUACAGAUUAUUGCAUUAGUUUGUUAAGUUGGUAAUCUGGUGAUUUCAAUUUUGUAAAUCGCCCAUUUCACUCUUCGAUGUUAAAAUAAAGCCUGAGAUUACAUUUAUCGUUUGUUUA